CCUGAAUUCACGCAGCGGCUGAAUAACAAAAUCAGGGAGCUGCUCCAGCAGAUGGAGAGGGGCCUCAAGUCUGCCGACCCGCAGGACUGCACUACGUAUACUGGCUGGGCAGGCAUUGCUUUGCUGUAUUUGCACCUGUAUGAUGUGUAUGGAGACCCAGCCUACCUUCAGGUGGCCCACGAGUACGUGAAGAAGAGCCUGAGCUGUCUGACAAGACGAUCUAUCACUUUCUUGUGUGGAGAUGCAGGGCCCCUGGCAGUGGCUGCUGUUGUUUACCACAAACUGCAGAACCAGAAGCAGUCAGAAGACUGCAUCACUCGUUUGCUCCAUCUACACAAGCUUGACCCACGAGUGCCAGAUGAACUGCUGUACGGGCGCAUGGGCUAUCUCUAUGCACUGGUAUUUGUCAACAAGCACUUUGGAGAGGAAAAGAUCCCUCCAAGUCACAUUCAACAGGUCUGUGAAGCCGUUGUAGCCUCAGGAGAGAGCUUGGCCAAAAGGAGGAACUUUACAGCAAAGAGUCCACUGAUGUAUGAGUGGUACCAGGAGUACUAUGUAGGGGCAGCCCAUGGUUUGGCUGGGAUUUACUACUAUCUCAUGCAGUCUGGCCUUGGAGUGAGCCAAGUAAAGCUGCACAACACAGUCAAACCCAGCGUGGACUAUGUCUGCCAGCUCAAGUUCCCAUCUGGCAAUUACCCUCCAUGCAUCGAUGACACCAGAGACCUGCUCGUCCACUGGUGCCAUGGGGCACCAGGUGUUAUCUACAUGCUUGUCCAGGCAUACAAGGUCUUUGGGGAACAGCAGUACCUAAAUGAUGCCCUGCAGUGUGCAGAAGUGAUCUGGCAGCAUGGGUUACUGAAGAAAGGCUACGGGCUGUGCCACGGGACAGCUGGCAAUGCUUAUGGCUUCCUAGCACUGUACAACCUCACUCAGAACAUGAAAUACCUGUACAGGGCCUGCAAGUUUGCAGAGUGGUGUUUAAGCUAUGGUCAACAUGGAUGCCGGACUCCAGACACGCCAUUCUCUCUCUUUGAAGGAAUGGCUGGAACGAUUUACUUUCUUGCUGACCUGCUGGUGCCAACCAAGGCCAAGUUCCCCGCAUUUGAACUCUAAAUCUGAGCUUGGCAGUUUCCUGCCUGAAUCCGUCCACACUUGGAAAAGCGGUUCGAAGCUGCUUUCUCCUUCUUCCAACCUCAUUGCUGUUCACCUAACUGAACGUAAAUCCAUCCUCCUGGGGGCGUACUGAGUUCUCUAAUAUUUCUACUCAUCUCAUUGCAUUGUUUAUAUUUAAAAGACAGAAUGCAGAUUUUGCUGGUGUCUCUUAAAAAUGUGGGGCUGCAGGUGGGAGCAGGGAGAAAAUAACACGGUAUUUUGUUGGCAAUAGAGUUUUGCUAUUUUCUGUAUCCCAUUUCCUGGGAGAAGGUUUUCUAUUGAAUGUAACUUUGGCCAUUUAAUUACAUUUUUUUGUGUGCUGACAAAUAGUUGCAGGAAUUUAGUUGCCUUUGGAAAAGAAAAGAUGAAGAACUGAGACUAUUGCCCU